UAAAAACAAUUAAUUUUGAGAAAAAGCAAAUCAACUUUUGAUUCUCUCACUUAACAGAGAAAAACUAAAGUGAAUAAAAGCAAAAUAAUGGGAUCGGAGACUUGGAAUUUGACGGCGAAGUUAUGCGACUCAUGCAAAACUACGUCGGCGACGGUGUUCUGCCGUGCAGAUUCGGCGUUUCUCUGCUUAGGAUGCGACUGCAAAAUCCACGCGGCGAACAAGCUAGCGUCGAGGCACGCUCGUGUCUGGGUUUGCGAAGUGUGUGAACAAGCUCCGGCGAGCUUCACGUGUAAGGCAGACGCUGCCGCUCUCUGCGUAACGUGCGACCGUGAUAUCCAUUCCGCAAAUCCUUUAGCUCGUCGUCAUGAGCGUUUUCCGGUAGUUCCUUUCUACGACUCUGCCGUCGCGAAAUGUUACGGAGGUGGUGGUGGUGAUGAUGAUGAUGAUGAUGAUGAGAAGUACUUUGACGGUACUAAUGAGAAUCCGUCUCAACCGGAGGAAGAAGCUGAAGCUGCGUCGUGGAUCCUUCCGACGCCGAAAGAAGGAACUGAUCAGUAUAAAUCUGCUGAUUACUUGUUUAAUGAUAUGGAUUCGUAUUUAGAUAUAGAUCUAAUGCCAUGUGAGCAAAAACCACAUAUUGUACAUCAGCAGCAGCAUCAACACGGGCAUUACAGCUCCGAUGGAGUUGUGCCGGUGCAGAACAACAACAAAGCGAGUACUCAUUUACCAGGUCCAGUUGUUGAUGGAUUCCCUACCUACGAAGUGGAUUUCACUGGAUCUAAACCUUACAUGUACAACUUCAGCUCUCAAUCCAUUAGCCAAAGUGUUUCAUCAUCAUCAAUGGACGUCGGAGUUGUGCCGGACCACAGUACGAUGGCGGAUGUAUCAAACACCUUUGUGAUGAACUCAUCGGCCGGCGCCGACGGUGUACCGAAUCCAGUCUCCGGUUUAGACAGAGAAGCAAGGGUAAUGAGGUACAGAGAGAAGAGGAAGAAUAGAAAGUUCGAGAAGACGAUUCGAUAUGCUUCUAGAAAAGCUUAUGCUGAGACUCGACCCAGAAUCAAAGGGAGAUUCGCUAAACGUACUGAGAUAGAAAUCGAUUCACUCAUUGCCGCCGAUGCUUCAUACGGCGUCGUUCCGUCGUUUUAAUUUUUAUAUGUAAUUAUUAUUAUUUGUAGUUAAAAAACAAAAAAAAACGAGUAAAAAAAUCGAAUUUUGUUUUUUAUUUAUUUUUCUUCAUGAUGUUGUUUGUUAUCUAAUUAUGUGUAUAUAUCUAAUUUUGUUA